AUGGAACCUUUGACUGUCCCAGACACUCCAGGGGCAGAGCCAUUCACAGAUGCUCAGUGCUUCAUAGACAACUACGUAUGUGAGCUGGGCCUAUUGUCAGCGGUUGAGUGCAGCCCAGCUCGUUUCAGUGACUCUCUGGAGCUCCUGGGAGGGCUUGGGGACCUAGGUGAUGUUGUCUGUUGGAGUGACAAUGUAGAUCACUGCAUCUCUUACCUCAACAAGGAAUUGAUGGCACUGGGGCUCCCUGCCCUAUAUAAAGAAGAUAGCUCUGAAGAUGGCCUCAAGAAUGGCUUUGAUCUACUGGCAUUGGUUAAUGGUACAUGCCGGCUGCUGAAUCUCUACCAAGGAGUGUCUGUCCAGUUGGGUGACAUGGAGGCGGAGGCGAUGCGGCGGGCUGGAGAGCUAGAUUAUCUGAGGACACGGCAGGGUAAACUCAAGAACCAGGUGGAAGCUUGUGAAAGGGAAAUUGCAGCUGUGCAGGACAAGGAACAGCAGCUUCAGAGCAAGAACAAGCAGCUAAAUAGCAUGCUGAAAGAAGAAAAGGAUGAGAUCACCAAGCUCCUGAGUGCCGUGGUGAACCAGAAGAACCAGCACCUCCACGAAAUGAAGAGGAAGGAGCAAGAGCUGUUUCGGCUCAAGGAAAAGAUGAGCCAGCUGGUGACUGACAAGAGGGAUAAGAGAGGAACCAUUGACAUCCUCAAUGCCCUCCCCCGGGCUGACAGCAAAAGGGCAACCUGGAAAACUGGAAAAUCUCUUGGCAGGAAGGAGGAAGAGCUCUACCGCACCCAACUGGCAAAGCAAGAACGGCGGGAGCAGGGCCUGGCGCUGGAGAAUGCCGAACUGAAGCAGCUGCUCAGUGAAGUGAGCCAAGAUGUAGAGCAGCUGCUGGGCCCUGAUGUGGGCCUCGCCCGGGGCACAGAGAAAAGCUGUCCGUACAACACAUUCCAGGAGCAGUGGGGCAAGUUCAGGACUAGUAUAAAGACCCUCGGUAUGCAAGGUAUGUCAAAUUCCGCCUGUAUCUUUCCCUUCCCAGCCAUGGAUGCUGCUACUUCCCGAAUGUCCGAGGGAGAUGGGCAGGACCCUGUCAUCAGCGUGACGGAUCACGACAAGGAAAUCAUGAAGCUGAGGAGGGAGAUAGAGGAGAGCAGAGUGCUAAUUGUGCUGCAGCAGCAGUGUUUCCAGGAGCAACUGGCUGCUGCCACCAACUCAGAGCUCCCGGCGCACCUGGAGGGCUCCUACUUCCUUGAGGAACAGCAGCGACUACAGGAGGAGCGGGACAUGUUCCGGGAACAGAAGCGGGCCUUUGAAAUAGAACGGGAAAACUUCACGGAGGCGGCCAUUCGGCUGGGAUGGGAGAGGAAGCAGUUUGAGGAACAGAAGGCCCUCUGCCUGAAGCAGGAAUUCUUCUGUUCAUUGCCAAGGCCAGAUAUGAGUGACCCUAAGCGGAGAUAUUCCGCCCCAGUGGCUGUCGCGGAAGUGCAAGAACAUGAAGGCUUGCCCAAGCUGAUGAGAUGGGCCAAACCCAUCUGCACCCCUUAUCCAAAGGUCAUUAUCACUCCAUGCCACAUCCCACCAGAGCACUUCAGAAGAAGACGGCUUGCCUCUAAUCACAGCACUCCGGCCACGUGUGGGCAGCAGACACUUCUCCCAAACCACUGGCCAGCUUCUCCCCCACAGCUCAGCCGAAGGAAGGAGAACCUUCGAGAAACAGCUUCCCAAACCGAAACUACUGUGAAGGAUAAUCUGCACAGGGACCUUUUGGAUUGCUUCUUGGACAGCUUCCUGUAGUCCCCGAAGCCAUCGUACUUAUAGGAAACAGUAGUUGGUGCAGAAUUCUAACUUCAGUAGCAAUUGUGACCAACAUUGUUUGGAAUACUAGAAAUAAUUUAUUGCUUCUACUUAGGAAAGGCUAACAGGAAGAUGUGAUGACGCCAUUAAACUGCUGAUCUAGAAGAUCUAUCAUAAUUGCUAGACCAGGGUCGAUACUGGGAAAUGACCCAUUGAGGAGCAGCUCAGUGUUACCUGAUAACAUGUUUUUAAAGUAGUCACUUUCCUAACUAUUAGCUAAGAAUGUCCUAGUCGGAGAGGCUACUGCACAUUUACUAGGCUACAUCCUUUACUAUCUUUCAAAGUUUAUAUUUCAGUGGGUGGGGGGGUCAUAAGAUUGGAGAAAGUCUCUGUUAGAGGUUCCUACCUUCUUAUAAUAAAGUUAAUAUUUUUUAA